UUGCGCCAAAUCAAUCUAAAAAGACAUAACCUGUGACGCUAUAUUUAGUUGUCUCCAUUGCAGCUUUGAAUCAAACACAUUAAUAGAGAGAGAGGGUAGGGACGAGCAGCUUCGUCUACUUUGAAAGUCUGACUUUACUCUGGUGGUUUUUUUUUUCAAGAUGGAAAUGAAGAAAACGUCGAUCUUACUCCUGGGAGCCGUUGUGAUUCUGGGUCUUGUCGCAGCUGAGCAUGCAGAAGACACAACGGACUCCAACUCGAGGCACAAGGUCAUGCUACUUCUCUUAGAUGGCAUGCGCGCUGACCUUUUCGGAGAGGAACUUCCGGGUUUAAGAUCCAUGGAGAAGAAUGGGGUGAAAGCUGAUUGGUUGGAGCCUGCUUACAUCACUCUAUCUAUGCCGUGUAUGUACACCAUUGUCACAGGAUUGUACCCAGAAAGCCAUGGUAUCACCUUCAACAAGUACUACAACCUGACGACUGGAUACAAGGCUAAGACAUUCUAUGAGACAUUAAAUUAUACAGAUUGGUUCAAUACGCCUGGAGUGGAGCCUAUAUGGGUAACGGCAAUUAAACAGGGUCUAAAGGCAGGCACCGUCCAGUACCCAGGAGGAAACGUGGCCAUUCAAUGAAUCAGCCCAACUAAGAAUUCAC